AUGACAGUAGAAUCACAAAGAGAUAUUCAAGAUCAGCCUUAUGUUAACAACGACGAUGAUCGUGAUAUUGCUAUAUGUCAACGAAGACCACUUAAUGAAUAUCAACAAGUUCAUAAUAGAAAAUUUACUGAUGCUGUUUCAAAAUUAGUUAAUCGUAUGGAUUCUCAUCAUGAAAAAGUCGAAAAACAAUUGAAGAUGUUUUCAAAAACAAUACAACGAACAACAGUUGCUUCUGGUUUAGACCAGUUUCGCCGAGAUGGUGAAAUAUUUCCUGAUGUUGUCGUAAGUGGCGUUAUUGCAUUUAAAAAAAUAUUAUUGCUUCUCAUUGGGAGUCCUAGUCAAUUCGCCAGAAGUAUUUUGAAAAAAUUAUUUACUCCUGCUGAAAUGUGUGAAUCAAUACUUUAUCCUAAUGAUAAUUAUGCCAAACCUGGCCUUGAUGCUAAUCGCAUGAAGCUUUUUAAAAAUGCAGUAUGUGCUCGAUUUAAAAUAAGUGAAUCACAUUGGAAUGAAUUUUUCAAUAUUUGUCUGCGUCGAACUUUAACACAAAUGAUAUGUGAUGUACGUCGAAAAACAGAAUGGAUUCUGAAUGAUCGCAACAGCCUCAACAACGACCAUAAUUCUUUAACAGUACUUUAUUCUGCAAACAGAUAUGUACAUAGCCGACGAUAUUUCGAAUGGUUUACCAGUUGA